AUGACCAGCUCUAGCAUUGAUACAGAUGAAUUGUUGAGUGGUAUUGAGCCACUCAUCAGUAGUUUGACAAGUUCACCCGAGAAAUCCAGAGAUUCAAGUCCUCUCAAACUGAAUCACCUGGAAAAAGGAAGUCCAUCACCAAUUUUGGAUAGUCGCAGAAGUUGGUCUCAGAAGUCAGACUAUGUGGGUACUGGUGGAAGGAGUCCUAGCUUUGAGAUGCAUGAUACAAUGAAGUCAGGAACUUCAAGUUCAUCCUUGUCAUCAAAACAUCGACAUUCCUCCCCUAAAGAUUACCCUGUGUCAGGUAUUGAUAACAAGUAUGCAAAGUCAUUACCUUCUACUCCAUUUUGUAGAGAUCUUGCUAGUGAUAUCACACAUAGACUGAUGGCCUCUUUACAAGAAAGUAAAGAGUUGGAAGAUUCAAGAAAAGCAAAGUCAUUAACUUCUCUGACGACAGUUGGCCUGAGUGAUGACAUUGGGGAUACCAUGAGUGAAAGCUCUAAAGAACGGUCUCCAGUUAGUAGGCAACUUUUUACUCAAAGCCAUGGGGUGUUUCUAACAUCAGGGUCAAGUCUAGGAUUGGAUCCUAAUGAAAAAACAGAUGUUAUUGAACAUUCGUUCCAAGGAAAGAAUUUUGGCAAGGAAGAUAUUAGAAGUCCGGAAAAGCUGAAACAUGCCAAGAAAGUAUUAGAGUCUGAUGUAUCUAGCGACAAAACUGUAUCAACUGUUCGCCAUACUCCAUCUCCCAGAAUAAAAAGUGGUUUACCACCACCUAGAUUAAGUGAAACAAAGAACUCUCCUCAGAAGCCGAGUGACACCUCUAUAAAAGACAGCAAUCAGCUUGAACCUGCUCCAAAAGAGUUCCGUCCAAGUUCAUGGCGAGAGAAAUACGCAAGUUGUAAAUCAUCAACGCAUAGACCUCGAUACAUGUAUGGCCUUUCAGGUAGCUUGCCAAGUUUGAAUAAUAUGGGAUCUGCCGUUUUGUCUUCACUUGGCACUGACUAUAAAACCAGUAAUCAAGACAACAGUACAAAGGACUAUGCUGCAGUUAGUUCCAGUGAUAUCAAGGACAUGGAAAAUGUUAGGAAUCAUCUGAGUAGUAUGUUGAAACUAGGAAAAGAAUCUGUUCCAGAUCGAGACAAUUUUGAUCAUACCUCCGACAGUGUACAUGAUUUGAUGUCAGCUAGUCAGAUCAUGGACCCAAGUCAUCAUAAAGAAGACUCAUUUGAUAGUGUGAAAACUGACGUUCUGAUCACUGCUAUGCCAUAUCAAGAUAUUUCCCCUGUCCGUAAUAUUGGUUAUGACAGUGGAUUAAGUCUCUCCUCCCAGCUGUGUAACCAUUCUAGUUCAGCUGCUGCCACUGUGUCAUCUAAAGUGACAGAUACUACACUAUAUACUGAAAAUCAACUACUCAGGGAAAGUGUGGAAAGAGAAAAAUACAGAAGAAAGCACUGUGAAAAGCAAAUUCAGCAGCUUCAAAGUAAAUUAUUAGAAUCACAACAGCAGUUAGCAGUGGCUGUGUCUACUGAUAGAAAGAAAGAUAUCAUGAUAGAACAACUUGACAAG